UCCUAUGAAACCACCCCCACUUCUCUUUUUCCUCAUUUCUUAGCCUUUUACUCUUAAAAGUCUCAUCUUUUUGCCUUUCCACAUUUAUAUUUCUAUACUAAGACUUCUUGUUAGGGUUUCUUUGCUUACCAAAAUUAAGUCAUUCAACAGAUUUGAAUGAAAAUUCGUUACAUGGGUUGUUUUAUUAUUCCAAGAAAUCAUUAAAGAUCCAAACUUUGAGCUCAAAAAAGCAAACCAGGACGAAAUAAAUCAAAGGGCCGAAUUAUUUAGACACCGAGAUGGGAUGUUUCACUGUUUCAAAGAGUAAGAAGAAAUUGUCCGAGCAGAGUAUCCACAUCAAACGUGUGAACCCUCAGGAGCAGUCACCUACCGCACUGCCUGAACCCCAGAUACGCACAAGAUCAUUGUGCUCCGCACCACCUAGUUUUAGAACAAGAGUGAAACCAGUGCAGUCAAACAAUGGAGUAACAAGCAGUAGGACACGAGCUUUAUCCGCCCCAUCAAGUCUGGACUCAGCGGAACAAGAUGCUCUAGCGUCGAAUGAAUGUGAGGAACAUGAAGAGUUGAGGAGUCGUGUUGGAUCAGCAAAGGAAUACUGCUCACCAGUUCCUCAGCCUCUUCCUCUUCCAUCACCUCAGAAUGCUGCUGCUUCUCUCAGGACUAUGAGAAGCUUCAAAAUAGGGAAUACAAGUGGCCCUCUCAAUGCCUCUGGACCGUUGCCGCUGCCUCCUGUGUUGCCUCCUACAUUGCCUUCUACUGGAAUGCUGCGGAACUUUUCUUUUGAUGAAAUUGCUGCUGCAUGCCACCAUUUCUCUCCGGAGCGUUGUAUGUCAGAAGGUCUUUCUUCUGUCAUUUACAGAGCUUCUUUUGGGGAUGAUGCCUCUAGUUCAAAAAAGCUUGAAGCCACUAUAACCCGCCUUCACCCUUCUUCACAGGGUUUGAAGGAAUUUGUCAAUGAGGUGAACACCCUGGCGUCUUUGCAACACUCUUCACUUUGUAAACUGAUUGGUUUUCAUGCUCGCGAAGGUUCUGAGCACAGGAUGUUGGUUUUUGAGAGACUUUUCCAUGGAAGCCUAGACCGGCUUUUGUUUGGAAGAUCAGAUGGCCCCCCUAUAGAUUGGAAUGCUAGAACGAAAAUUGCGUUAUGUGCUGCACAAGGUCUCACAUUCCUACAUGAGGAGGGACCUUUCCAGGCAAUGUUCCAUGAAUUUUCAACUGGAAAUAUACAAAUCGACAAGGAUUUUAGUGCAAAGCUCUCAGGGUAUGGAUGCAUUACGAAUAUACAAGAGACAGAGAUAUCUUGCAAUUCAGUCGCCCUGGCAAAUCUCUCGCAAGAGACACUAGAGAGAGGGUUGCUAACUCCUAAGAGCAAUGUUUGGAGUUUUGGGAUUGUUCUUCUAGAACUGCUCACCGGCCGGAAGAAUCUCGAUGGUCGGCAUUCAAAGGAAGAGAGGAAUUUAGUCAAGUGGAGUAGGCCUUUCCUCGCUGAUGAUGGUAGAUUAUCGCUAAUCAUGGAUCCUCAGCUAAAAGGCCGGUUCCCCCCUAAAGCAGCCAGGACAGUGGCUGAUAUUGCUCAAAGAUGUCUGCAAAAGGAUCCGUCUGAAAGGCCCACCAUGAGAACCAUCGUCGACCAACUCAAGUCUGUACAAGUGAUGAAGUGUCCUUCACGGUUUCCUCUGCAAGAACCAGCGGCAGUUGGUGGUAAACACAUGUCAAAAUCUCCAAGUAUGAAUGGAAUCAUCACCCCUGCGCCAAAGUUGAGUUUCUCCCCUUCCUUACCAAUCACCCGAGCAUCGGCUUCUCCCUCGAAGUCUGCUACGCAACCCUCGUCUCGUCCUUCAUUAACAUGUUCCUACUCUUUCUCUUUGGAAGACCUUGAUCGACUGGAAAGCCGAAGGUCAUCAUCUUCAUCUUUUCGCAGGUCUAGUGUUGAAGGAUUUUGAAUGGUUAUUCUUUGAUUGGUUACUUCUAGCCCUCUCCCUUUGACAAGUGAUUACAUGAAAAGAUACAGAGGAUAAAGAUGUGGUUUUCCACCUUCCCAUUGUUCAAGGAAGAAGACUUGGGAAAUAACAUUUUGUAGAUAAGGUUUGUCCCGUUUAUUUGAAUAGUGUUCUGUGAAUCAAGAUGUGUGGGCAGAUGAAGAUGUUCUUUUAACGUUUUAUUCGUCAACCUCCGGCCCCUGCCAAGGAAAAGAAAAUCCCCAAUUGGCCGGAAAGAAAUAAAAAGAAAAAGGUAAGGAAAGAUAGAAAAGAAAGAAAUCCCCUUUUGCUGCUUCUUUAAAAUGAUGUAUAUUUGUACAAGUAUUUUUCUUAUUGUAUCAAGAAAUAUUGUAUAUUUGAAAUUUGGCUUGGUGAGAAAAUAUGGCUUCAGUUGGCCUGACAGUAGUGAGACUGAUGCAAUCUUGAUAUUUAAUAGAUAAGUUAAUCUUAGUGUUUCAUGUUA